CUGACACGGUAGCGCAGAGCGAACAGCGCGGCAGGCUGCGGAUCGGAGAGAUCGACGACAUGGAGCACAACUACUCCUGCAGCAGAGACGUGAACUGCCUGGCGGCCCUGCUGCUCGCCGCGCUGUGCCUGGGCGCCGCCGUGGUGGCGCGGGGCCAGCUGACGGACGACUUCUACGACGACUGCUGCCCGCAGGCGGAGGACAUCGUCAAGGCGCGCGUGUCCGCCGCGAUGAAGGCCGAGGCCCGCAUGGGCGCCUCCCUGCUCAGGCUCCACUUCCACGACUGCUUCGUCAACGGUUGCGACGGGUCCAUCCUGCUGGACGGGAGCAACAGCGAGAAGCUGGCGGGGCCGAACCUGAACUCGGCCAGGGGGUUCGAGGUCGUCGACGCCAUCAAGGCCGACCUCGAGAAGGCGUGCCCGGGGGUCGUCUCCUGCGCCGACGUCCUCGCCCUCGCCGCCAAGUACGGAGUGUUGCUGAGCGGUGGGCCGGACUACGACGUCCUGCUGGGCAGGAGGGACGGCCUGGUGGCGAACCAGUCCGGUGCUAACAGCAACCUGCCUGGACCGUUCGACCCCAUCAGCGACAUCAUAAAGAAGUUCAGGGACGUGGGUCUGAACACAACCGACGUGGUCGUUUUAUCAGGAGGCCACACGAUCGGCCGGGGGCGGUGCACGCUGUUCAGCAACCGGCUGUCCAACUUCUCGGCGACGAGCUCCGUGGACCCGACGCUGGACUCGUCCCUGGCGUCCAGCCUGCAAGCCCUCUGCCGGGGCGGGGACGGCAACCAGACGGCGGCGCUGGACGCCGGCUCCGCGGACGCGUUCGACAACCACUACUUCCAGAACCUGCUCAGCCAGAAGGGCCUCCUGUCCUCCGACCAGGGCCUCUUCUCCGGCGCCGGCGCCAACGCCACCAAGGCGCUCGUGCAGCUCUACGGCGCCAACAGCGAGCGCUUCCUCUGCGACUUCGGCCGCUCCAUGGUCAAGAUGGGCAACAUCCUCCCCCUCACCGGCUCCGCCGGCCAGAUCCGCAAGAACUGCCGCGCCGUCAACUGAGCGCGAGACACCCAUCGAUCGCUGCGCGUGCGUGUCUGCCAUGCACGGCCUCAAAAGUGAGCUCUCGUGCGUCGGCUAGGCGUGUGGUCGUUGCCCCUUGAAAGAGUAUUUCGUUUGCCUUAAGCUAGGGUUCGUCGAUCGACAAUAAUAGUAUGAUGAGACAGACAGCGUAUCAGUUCCGAUAGAUGAGUGGUAGCUAUUGGCCACCCUUUUGCUACAACUACAGCCCAUGCGAGCGGAUGAAGGAAUCUGUAACCGCCGCUAGCUACAGUGCCCGAUCAAUUAUCAGUAGGUGCGUUGCGUUCGCCGAUCGAUGUUCCCUUGAACAAGCAAGAAAGAAAAUAAAUGCCAUCGAGUGCUUUGUGAGAAA